UAAUUCGAAGAGCAUUUUUUUUAACAUAUCUGACGGAAAAAAAGUUUGCAAUAAUUAAAAUGUCGGUGCCAGUAAGACCUUCUGAUCAACAACUGGCCAACAUUAUUGACAAGCUAGCAGAAUUUGUUGGACGUAAUGGACCGGAAUUCGAGAAUAUGACAAAAAUAAAGCAACAAAACAAUUCAAAGUUCAGUUUUCUACAGCAAGGAAAGGAAUUUAAUGAUUAUUAUCAAUACAGAGUAAUUGAUGAAAGAAGAAAAGUAAUUGUCAUGCAACAACAGCCCCAAAAUAAUAGCAUGCAAAACAUUUGGUCUUCUAAUGGCGGAGAUCGGCCACAUCAAGUGAAUAUAAACACUACAGCACAGAUUGAAGCAAUUAAAACCAAACAGCUCAAACUCAAGGAACAAAUUGUAGAAUCAGAAAAGAAUCUCAAUGCUCAACAUCAGGUUUUGUUGCAACAGCAAAAGACUGAUAUUGAGGAAGCACUCGCCAAAGCCCAAUUUGAGUACAUUAAAAGAUGCGCCCUAGAGAAUGAAAUAUCGCUAACAGAACUUGAUGAAAUACUUCAGCCUAUCAUACAAGCUUGUACGAAAGAUAGUAUAGCUAAUGGAAAAUCAUCGAUUUUGCAACAAGCAACCAAUAAUUCAGCUAAAAGACAAAUAAUAUCGCAAUAUAUUCUUAAAAAGGCUAUGUCACCGAAUGCACCGUUUAAUCAAAAGCUGCAUCUUAUCUACUUAAUUAAUGACCUACUUCAUCACUGUGUAAAGAAAAACGUUGAUGACUUGAAAAAUAAUUUGGAGAGUGUCGUUAUUCCAAUGUUUUGUCAGGCAACAAUGUGUGCGAAUGAUGAACAGAAGGAUAAGUUAAACAAAUUACUAAAUCUUUGGGCAUCAAAAGCAAACUUUUUCGAUUCGUGUGCGUUAUCUAAACUUGCAACACCUUCAUCGUCUCUCCAAGAAUAUCAAAACUCGCUCUUAAGUCAAUAUUCUACUGUUAUUGCACCAUUAAAUCUGGCAAUGAAAAAAAAAUUUGAUGAUUACAGAAAUCAGCAUAAGGCUUUCGUAGAACAUGCUACGAACCAAUUAACAUUGCUUGAGGCUCAAAAACAAACUUUAGAGCAGCAAAAUAUUCAACAACAAUCUGCAUUUUUUUUAAAUGAGUUAACGUCAAAUACUCCUCAUCAACAAGUUAUUCCAUCAAUUUUAAGUAAUGUAAAUUUACUUAUGAACCAAAAUCAUGAAGUGAAUAUGAUGCAAAACAUGUACACCAAUCAAAAUUUUUCAAAUCCGCAACAACAGCCGUCAGCAGCUGUGCAAAACUCGCAACAUAUGCAAAACUCGUUUGGUCAAGAAUCACAAAAUAAUCAACAGCACUUUCAGCAAAACUUUAAUCUUCCACCGCCAAGUUUUUCCAUUCCUGACUUUUCACGUCCACCACCAGGCUUUAAUAAUGAUUCAAACACACCAAAUUCAUUUCCAAACAGCGAAACAACGAAUGAAGAAGUGAAUUUAACACCAACAAUGCCAUAUUUCGAUCUUCCAUCUGGUCUUAUCGUACCUUUAAUAAGACUUGAAGACUUUAGUUAUCACAGCAUUGAUCCUGAAAAAAUUCAAUUGCCACCUCCAUCAAUGCCAACAGAAAAACUUCUUUCUGCAAUUGAGGCAUUUUAUGCACCGCCAAGCCACGACAGACCACGAAACGAAGGAUGGGAAAAACUUGGCUUAUAUGAAUACUUCAAAAUAAAAAAUGCUGUUAGAAAGCAAAAAGAGGAAGCAAUAAUGAGAUUUGAACGUGAAAAGUCAAAAUCACCAACACCAAUUCCAGAUAUUUUGAUAAGACCAAUGAAGAAAAGUCGAAAGAGAGUUUAUCGAUCUCAAAGUCCAGACAAUGGGCCAAAAAGCAGAUCAUCAUCCCCUGAAACAAAAAUUGCUGUCAAAACGAGAAAACAACGCUCAAAAAGUCCAUCAAGAAGUCCACCAUUUAGAUUUAAUAGAGACUCGAGAAAUAAUCGCGAUUCAAAAGCUGAUAGAAUGAUAAAUAGAAAGCGUAGCAUUUCACCACCAAUUUUGCCUAGUUUCUCGGUGGCAUCUAAUAAAUCUUCUGAAUGCAUCGAUGAAGGAAAUAAGGGUCAUUUGAUGCUGAAAAAAAUGGGAUGGGAAAGCGGUGGAUUAGGAUUAAUAGGCAAUCAAGGUAUCACUCAGCCAAUUUCUGGGGGAGAAGUUAGAGACAGAUCCGAUUUGUACAAGGGUAUUGGGAUGAAUAUGAAUGAUCCAUAUGAGAACUUCCGCAAAAAUAGAAGCAACAGUUUUAUUACUAGAAUGAAAAGUCGAUCGGAGACGGAAAAAAAUUAAUUUCAAAUAAUUAGUAAUAAUCA